UGUUUCUCAGCUCAACAGAGGGUUUCCGAGGAGCCAGACCAGAAGCAGAGCUCAAGAGGUGUGUGCGGGCAGCGGAGAACUUGGCCGUGACUGUGGCGCCCGGACCCGGUUACCAUGGCAACUGAUAUCACCAUGAAGACCCCUAUCUGUUUAGUGGAAAAUUGGGAAGAGCAGCUGACAGUGAAUCCCAAAGCACUGGAGAUUCUUAACCAGAUAUCUCAGCCUGUGGUGGUGGUGGCCAUUGUGGGAUUGUAUCGUACAGGAAAAUCCUACCUCAUGAAUCGUCUGGCAGGACAGAACCAUGGCUUCUCCCUGGGCUCCACUGUGCAAUCUCAAACCAAAGGCAUCUGGAUGUGGUGUGUGCCCCACCCCUCCAAGCCAAACCACACCCUGGUCCUCCUGGACACUGAGGGCCUGGGCGAUGUGGAAAAGGGAGACCCUAAGAAUGACUCGUGGAUCUUUGCUCUGGCUGUGCUUCUGAGCAGUGCUUUUGUCUACAACAGCCUGGGCACCAUCAACCACCAGGCCCUGGAGCAGCUACACUAUGUGACUGAACUAACAGAGUUAAUCAGGGCAAAAUCGUCCCCAACGUCUCAUGAAGUAGAGGACUCCACAGAGUUUGUGAGCUUCUUUCCAGACUUUAUUUGGGCUGUACGGGAUUUCACCCUGGAGCUGAAGUUAAAUGGACAGCCCAUCACAGAAGACGAGUACCUUGAGAAUGCCUUGAAGCUGAUUCCAGGAAAGAACCCCAGAAUCCAGAAUUCCAACAAGCCCAGAACAUGUAUCAGGUAUUUCUUUCCCAAACGGAAGUGCUUUGUCUUUGACCGGCCCACAAGUGAUAAAAAUCUAUUAAUCCGUAUAGAAGAAGUGCCAGAAGACCAACUGGAAUUAAAUUUCAAGAUGCAGUCAAAAAAAUUCUGCUCUUAUAUCUUCACACAUGGGAAGACCAAGACCCUGAGACAGGGAAUCAUUGUCACUGGAAAUCGGCUGGGUAGUCUGGUGCAGAUGUACGUAGAUGCCAUCAACAGCGGCGCCGUCCCUUGCUUGGAGAACGCAGUGACAACUCUGGCCCAGCGUGAGAAUGCUGCAGCUGUGCAGAAGGCAGCUGAGCUCUACAGCAGGCAGAUGGCCCAGCGACUGGUGCUCCCCACAGUCACGCUCCAGGAGCUGCUGGACCUGCACGCAACCUGUGAGAGGGAAGCCGUUGCAGUCUUCAUGGAGCACUCCUUCAAGGAUGAUAACCAGAAAUUCCAGAAGAAACUUGCGGAAACCUUGGAGAAGAUGAAGGAAGAGUUCCUGCUGCAGAAUGAAGAGGCCUCUGUCAAAUACUGCCAGGCUGAGCUUAAACGGCUCUCAGAGUCCCUGAUGGAAAGUAUUUCAAGAGGAGUUUUCUCUGCGCCUGGAGGCCACAGUCUCUACUUAGACGCAAGGAAAAAGGUUGAACAGGAGUAUGAGCUGGUGCCCAGGAAGGGAGUGAAGAGUGAUGGAGAGAGAGAGAGAGAGAGAGAGAGAUCUUCUGUCCACUGCUUCACCCUCAAGGCAACUGAGGUGCUCCAGAGGUUCCUGGAGUCUCAGACAGCAACAGAGAAGUCCAUCCUGCAGGCAGACAAAGCUCUCACUGAUGGAGAGAAGGCCCUAGCAGCUGAGGAGGCCAAGAGGGAGGCAGCUGAGAAGGAACGGGAAGUGCUAAGACAGAGGGAGCAGGAGAUGCAGCAAAAGAUGGAGGCUCAAGAGAGAAGCUUCCAGGAGAACAUUGCUCAACUGAAGGAGAAGAUGGAGCAGGAAAAGGCAGACCUCCUCAGAGAGCAGGAGAGGAUGCUGGAGCACAAGCUGAAGGUCCAAGAAGAAAUGCUUACAGAAGGAUUUAGAAAGAAUGCUGAGGAGUUAAAUAACCAGAUAAGAGAGCUAAAUAAAGAAAUUGAAGCAACUAAAAACCAAGGAUCCUCAUGGUUUACAGGGCUCCUUGAUAUGUUGGGCACCGUAUUCACCCUGGUACUACCUGGGCCUGCUAAGUUACUUGGUUUGCCAUUGAAAUUUCUUGGUUCAAAAUCUAAAGACUGAUUUUUCUGGGAAUGAAAAUAUAAAAUUGGACUUCUUUUGUUUUAAUAGCCUAAUAAUGUUGUUCAUUUAAAAAUUGUCAUAGUAGUUUCUUUCAAGGAAAUUUAAAAACGAAAUGCAGUUUUUAAAGAAUAUCAGGUAUUGGCGUCCACAGAAGACCAAACUGAAUUUUUAUUGAAUUAAUUAUUGUGAAGAAAUGGUAACAAAAUUUGAAAAUAAUGAAAUUAUUCAUAAAAAUAAUUUAAGUGAAACCAAAAACCAUGACAAGAUGAAGGAAAGAUGUGCAAUUAGUAUUACACAUGUACAGAGGUUAUUUAAGUUGUGAUGAGUCCUUGUACAUCAGCGAGAGUAGAGCUACAACCACAUUUUUUGUUUAAAUAGCUGAAAUUGUGAAAACGUUGAACCUUGAUGACAAUAAAAGGUGUGCAAAGUAAAAUUGUGUGGUGUGUCUUUUACCUCUAGGAAGGGCAAGAAAAAAAUAUCUGACAGCACAGUUAACAAGGAAGGGUUUUGGGAAAUUGAGAGUCACUCAUAUUUCUUAAUGUGAAUGUCAGUAGUCAUAAUUAUACAUCAAUAAGUAAAAUGUGUGUACUUGAAUUACCAAUUGCAUAUUUGAGAAUUUCUCUUAUAGAUCUAUAUACCAAGCUGAAGUGGCAUAUGUAAUAGUCUGUUGGUUGCAGUGUCAUUGUAAUGCCAAAGCACUUUCUGACUACUCUGAGAGGACUUUAAUGUCUCUGUUGUAUAAUGAAAAGUUAAAUCCUGUAUAUUCUUUCAAAAGGAUACUCUACUGUCACUAAAAUGAAAGGGGACAUAAAUAAAAACAAGAAAAUGAGAG